CGAUAGAGGCGAAUGGCAGGGGGCGAUGGAGCAGGAGAACCGGCCUAUUAGCGGACUGUGAUAGCUCGAUUAGACAGAGCAAGUGUUCUGCCUCACGGGAGCGACAGCGCCUCACUCGGACUUGGCUGUUCUCGCCUCGCUGAUGCGUUCCAGCCGAUGUGACCGCUUCCCCGAUCACUCCGUCCUUGCAUGAAACGCCGAAGAAAGUCCCUUUCGCCUCUGCACUGCCAUCCUGGAGUCAGGGGUUACAUCACUUGCUCACGGGACCUAUGCAUCCUAGCCUACCUACCCUUAGGAUGUGUGACGCCGAAGGAACAGGUGACGCGGGUGUGCGCCAGGACGCCGAUAAUUGGUCACACACGAGAUCGGCUGGGUGUGCCUCUUUCCUGCACAGUAGUUUCCUCAUCGAGAGGAAUUUGCGAGUCGGCAUUGCCUUCUCGAUGCAGAAGAUCUCCUGAUUCAUCCUUCCUUUGCCGUCGUUAUGAUCCUGCGCGGUACCCUCCCCGGUAAAUCCUUACUCUUCAGCCUUUUCGCAAAUAUGUACCUCGCCGGAACCAUUAUCUUUGGCGGCGGCCCCGUCGUGAUCCCGCUGCUGCGCGAGUAUACCGUCGCCGAAGGGUGGCUGAGUACGCGCGACUUCCUUAUCGGCCUGGCCAUUGCGCAGGCCUUUCCCGGGCCGAACUUCAAUUUCGCGGUGUACCUCGGUAGCCUGACGGCGAUUAACGGCGGGUACUCCGGGGCUGCGGGCGCGGUAAUUGGCUUCGUGGGUAUGUUUGCGCCCGGGCUGAUUACGAUGCACGGGACGAUAGGCGUGUGGAACGCGAUCCGCGGCUGGAGAUGGGUCAAGUCGUCGCUGCGCGGGAUCAAUGCUGCUGCUGUGGGACUGAUCUAUACCGCGGUCUACGGGCUCUGGCAGACGGGGUACAUGGACGGGAGUUAUCAACGGGGCACGAAUCUGGGUCUGGAUCCGUGGUGGGUUGUCGUCACGGCGGGGAGCUAUGUUGGCGGGUACUGGUUCGGGGUCAGCCCACCCGUAGCGAUCCUCGUGGGCGCGGUGAUGGGGCUUGUUUGGUAUGGCGUAGUGUCUGCAUAG